AUGGCACUCGACUCGCCGAAUGCCGCAUUCCUCCGCGAGAGACCUGUGGUCCCGCUCCCUCCAUUGCUGUCUCCGAGCGCUUGCAUAUUCAGUCACCACGGAGAAGGCAGCAGCCUCACCUCUCUGAUAUCCACAUUGAGAUACAUUCGCAACAAUGCUGCUAAGACAGCCCCAGUACGACGGUGGCUGGAUGAAGAUUAUGACUAUGAUGCCCCCGAAGAAGUCGCUCGUCGCAACCAGGUGUUCGAAGCGUUUGCGCGUCGUGUUGCGGCGAUCGAGUCAGCGGAAGCAGGUAUUGGGCUCCAAAGUCAUAUUGAAGAGGACACAGAGUAUGCGGAUGGUACUAGGGAGACCAUCGGGAUGCAGCUCUGCGAUGUUGGAAGGAAGGCGACAGGUCGGAAGCUUUGCGUGAAGAAGCCCGUCUCUCUUGCCACUACUACCAGUAGGCGGCCGAGCCACUCACAAACAAAGACCUCAGAUAGUAGUCCAAGGCACCUUAAAGAGACUAGUGACCUGCAGGCCAGGGAGAAAAGGGUCCCAGAUGACCAAACAGAGACUGUCCCGACCGCGAUUCGAGCUGGGGAGCACCCCCUUUCCAAGUUCCAGGUACAAGAGUUCGAAAUGGUUAGAGCAUACCUCGCAAAGCGUGCAGCACACUUUGAGUGGGUGUCGACGUCUUCUCAUGGACUAGAGCCACUACCCUAUCCCAACGACAUACCGCUUUCGAACGACAUCAUUGCGUAUCGAUUUGAACUCGCGUACGACGUGUCAUGUUCUUUCUACUCUUCAUAA